AUGGCAAACACAUCGACAACGCUCUCUAUAGUGCAGGGCUCAGCUGAACAUGCUCUCUGGGAGUUAACACUCGGUCAGCUGGUUGACCAGCAGGCUGAAGGAUUCGGCUGCAAAGACGCCAUCAUUGUCCCAUGGAGCUCCGCGCGACUGAGCUUUCGACAUUUGAGUCAGCGAAGCCAGGACUUGGCCAAGGGCCUUUUGGCCAAGGGGGUCGUAAAGGGCGACCGAGUGGCGAUAUUUUCCAGCGAUGAUGAAAGAUUCAUUGAGCUCUUCUUUGCUGUCGGACGAAUCGGGGCCAUUCUUGUGGUCCUCAACAAGACAUACACUGUGCAGGAAUGCGACAGAGCACUUCGAUAUUCCGGUGAGGAUUGA